CUCCAGACUAACCAUGAGCCUCGUACCGGUUUUCUUUAAUUCCUGGCCUGUUCAGAUGGACCUCACGUCUUGGUAGGUUUGCAUACGUUUCAUGCUCUCCAUUUUCUCAUGAUAGCUUGAACAGUGAAUAUUCUCUGUCCCGUCACAGUUAUGCUCUUUGUUUCAGUCCGUAACAGAGAAUCUCAAUAAAAUUUAUUGAAAUUUGUAACCUAACUAACAUCUGCAGACUUAUUCAGCCGUUGUAAAUCGUCACAUGUCAAUCCCGAUCUUUGUAUUUUAAAGUGACAGUGUUCAUGUGGUCAGCUAGAAAUCCAGAGGGUCUGGAAUGUGUCGGCAUUCCUCUGACUCCACACCCAGCCUCGUGGGCCCUGCACCUCUUCACGUGGGGACGGCCCAGCCCCAAAUAACCUUCAUUCUGCUCCCGCUGACCAGCAGCGACCCCUCCUCACCACACUGGGAGGAGAAAGUGUGCGAGGCGGGGUGUGUCUCGGGGAAAGUAAGAAGAUGAGAGCAUGGAUUUUGGUCCUGGAAGGUUUCACCUGGAGUGGAUUGUGGAGUUUUUCCACGCUGAGCGUUGGGUCUGGACCCGGCGCUGAUGAUGCGGAGCUGUGGAAGUCGUUUUGUUGAAGAACUUUGAGCGCUUUUGCCUCAUGUGAUCGAGGGGGAUCGGUCAGCCGAGAGAUGUCCUGAAGAAAGAAAAUCCUCAACAAACCUGUGUAGGGCCUGAAACGUCGAGCUGUUUCUGGACGCCAAGUCAUUUUCCUGUCAGCCAUGGACUCCCAGGGGAGUCCGUACCUCAACAAGGGGGCUCUCUGCUCCACCCUGGGUGGCGCCAGGAUCUGUCAGUUAGCUAUGGGAUGUGCUGUGAUCGCAAUGGUGACCCACAGUGCCGGGUACAGCGGGUCGCAGGGCGUGUUCUGCAUGGCGGCCUGGUGCUGCUGCUUCGCCGUGUCGGCGGCCGUCUUCUUCCUGGACGCCACCCGUCUCUACAGCUGCCUCCGGGUGUCCUGGGACAAUCUGACGGUCACGUGGGCUGCCUGCGCUACGCUCAUGUACGUGACAGCCUCGGUGGUUUACCCGCUGUUCUUCGUCAGAUCCGAGUGCCCGUACGAAGGCUGUGAAGUCCGAGAUUUCCGCAUCGCCGUCACCGUCUGCUCCAUCCUGGGAACUCUGGCCUACGGAGCCGAAGUGGCCCUGUGCCGGGCCAGACCGGGCCAGAUCGUGGUGGGCUACAUGGCUACCGUCCCCGGCCUUCUGAAAGUGGUGCAGGCCUUCGUCGCCUGCAUCAUCUUUGGCGCUCUGGCCAACGGGAGCCAGUUCUCGCGUUACGCCGCCACAAUCUACUGUGUGGUCGUGUACGCUUCCUGCUUUGCUCUCACCGCCCUUGUGGUUAUGAUGACCGUCUGUAAACGCACCAAAACUGUGAGGUGCAUGCCCUUCGAUCGCUUCGUAGUGGUGUGCACCUUCCUGGAGGUUUUGCUCUACUUGAGCGCCUCGGUGGUGUGGCCAGUUUUCUGCUUCGACUCAAAAUAUGGGUCUCCAUGGAGACCCUCGUCGUGUCCACAAGGGAAGUGUCCUUGGGACAGCAAAGUGGUGGUGGCCGUGUUCUCCUGUGUGAAUUUUGGGCUUUACCUGACAGACCUGCUGUACUCACAGAGGAUCCGAUUUGUUUCAUCACGCGUUCCCACCAACUCGCGGGUGUAGAAUCACUCAGAACCCUAAAAACUUUCAACCCACCUAGAAAUAAUGACACCUUGACAGACAUGACUCCAGUUUCACAUGAACAUUUCAGAAAGCUAGGAUACUUCUUGUGUUUGGUGCCAGUAGCUGCAGAGCAGGAUCGCCUGUAAAACCUGGGCCAGACUUUAGAAAUGGCUUACAGGGCAGAAGCUCAGAUCUCAACGUGUUUCUGGGGGCCCCAGAUAAUUAUUAUUUUUUUUAUGAAUACAUGUUUUGCUUUUGUACUUUAUGUACAAUUUAUAGGCUCAUGUUUUGGGCAUUUUUAUAAAUAAAUGUGAUACUCAAAUAUUGGAAAUUUAUGAAGUUAUAGUAUUUCUGGGGGCAACAACAUGGAUCACUGCUUCAUGCUGUUCCCGCCAUUUAAAACCUUAAAUGCAUCGAUUAAUGUAGGUGACUACAUAUUAAUGUAUUGUAAUUUGCAUUGGUAGAUGCAGUGGAUUGGGCACCAAAAUUGACUCCAGCCCAAAGGCCCACAGCCUUGUAAAUCCGGCCCUGUAUAAAGAAAACUGUAGCACAUGUAGAUUACUAAAUAAAUUCACCUUUUUAUUAUCUUUAUGAGUCUUUUGGCCGUAUGAAGAAAAAGAACAGUCUGAAGCUACAGGGAACAUAUUACCUCUCUGUUUCUUUACAUUUUGCUUUCAAACAGUCAGACUCACACUGUCCUAAAGUGGCUUUGUUAAAAACUUCUUCAGGCUUUCCAAUUUUCUCCAAAAAUUUGUAUUUGUGCUCCUGUGUUUUCUUUUCAAUCUUUUUUUACUUGACAAAGGGGACAUGUUGUGUGUGCUGUGUGUGCUUCAAGAUGGAGGGAUGAGAACAAUUAUCGGGAGUGAAAUUAUAAAACAUUGUCUGACGGUCAUGCGUUUAAAAAAAAAAAAAAAAUAUGAUAAAAGAAAUACAGAAAAUAUCCAGCAAAUAUCACCUGAUGGAUGUAUCAUCGUGUAGGAAGUUUUCCGCUGGUCGCUGGUUAGAAGUCACAUUUUUCAGACUACAUGUCAGACAUUUUUGGGUUGUUAUUUUCAUUCAGGUAAAGAAAUUUGAACCCGAUUGGGUCUCUUUCAACAUUACCUGAAGACCACGUUUGAAAUGGGUUCUUUUCUGAGCGGUGACUGAUUUUUUUAAACACAACACUGGUUGUUCUCGACAUGAGGAGGAUUACGAAUCAUUUCCUCUCUUUGUGAUUUCACACUUGUGUCGUUUUAGAUUUUUGCAUCCCAUGUUUUGAUGUACAGAAAGGAGCGGCUUGUGCCAGGAUGUUCUUAUUGAUCACGUUUGCUGCCGGCCCUCAUGGCCAAUGGUUUUAAAUGAACUGUUCAUAAUUUACCCAGAAUGUGCUGUGAGGAAGUUUGAUUACGUGACUUCACUUAUUUUAAUCAACGGGUCAUAAUCUGUCAUAUUUAUUGUUUCUUUAAUUUUAUGAAAUUAUUUCCUAUUAAUUUGCCAACAUCAGGAAAGAUGCAACAUAAAAACACCAGAGAAUAGCUUGCCAUUAUGUAACAUCAUGCAUGACAUUUUAGAACUUUAUUUUUUUUUACGGUUCACCUGGAAAGUAUUCACACCUGCUCACUUUGUCUUCAUUUUUUGUAACAUCCUUUUUAUUUAUUUUUUUAACCUGUUUUUACAAAGGAAGUGAAAAGGGUGGUUUGGGAAUAAAAAAAUCAUAUGUCCUUAAGUAUUCACACCCAUUGCUGUUUGUAUUUGUAGGACAUCAAAUACAACCUUGAUAAAUAAACUGAUACACAAUAAUUAAGCAUAAAAUAUGGGAAUGAAAAAAGUUUGUUUAUGGGUGAAAUAAAUAUAAACAGAAGAAGAAAUACCCUAAAUAGCAACAUGUGGGCAUAAAAUCGUGGGAAUUAAUUGCCAAAAGGGUGAAAUGGUCCCAAGCCUCUUUGUGGUUUCAUAAAGAAAUAAAUAUUCCUCAUAAGAUGAUGACGUACUGAACUAAGAAUUAACGUCUGACAAUUCGGAAAAGAAAGUUUGUACUCAACUCGAGACAAACCGUGGUUUAGAAAUUAUCUCAACCAUCUGAGAUAUUUGAAAUAAUGUGACUUUUCCUGACAUGCAUGGAGGCCACCGCUCCUGAAACACGGACACACACGCACACACCCACACACACACACACUUCAAUCCAAAGAACUGCUGAGGAGUUUCUCCUCUCCAACGCGACACCCACAGAAAUGACAUCCUGCCUCUUUAAAUAAUCCCCUGACCCAUUCCUGGCCCAAGCUUUCUCAGACCUGCACAUACAUAAGUAAACCAUCUAAAUGCGACACUUUUUGUCUGUGGAUUAACACACACUGUCCUGCAGUUUCAUUGUCCGUGAAAAUAACGCAUAAAGUGUGCAGCAUAAAUUGUACAUCUGGUAAUGGCAUCUCUGCUGUCCCUGCCAUCUGCAAACCCCACACCCUGCAAUUCACAGACUGCCGAAAAUAAACACCAGCCGUCUGCAGUCACUCUGAAGCAGUGACACCGCAUUUAUAGGGAGCUCCUGAUGUCAAAGCUGCUUUGGUAAUGUUUUUUUAACUCGCACAAAGAAAAUGGACAGCGGUUUUUAGAAAGAAAGCAAAGGAAUGUUUUCUCCAGAUUACCUUCAGUUUGAACCACCACGUUUGGAAACGCACCAGUAUUAUCACACUGACAACAAGGUCGACGUGUCCGAGCAAUCUUUGUGUGUUUACGCUCCAAACAUGGCCCUGCCAGGUCAAACCUGUCACGUACUCUGGCUGUUCAAAUGAUCUCUGAAGUUAAACUAGAGACAUGCAGAGUUUAUAAGCUGAUGUGCUGACCUGAAGCAGAGACAGUCCUUUACAAAAUGGCAGAGAAAUAUUAUGACUGCAAAGCCAUUUAAAGAAACUGCUUGAAUGACUACAUUAAAACCCAAACAGAAAAUUGCUGAGGAAUCAGAACCAACCACAGACAUGGUGAAAACAAAGAAAGAACUCACAACAUACAGACAUAAUUUAUAAAUAUAUAAACUUUACAGAUAUUAAGGAUAAAGACACAAUGUGUAUGUGUAUUUCCAGCCAUAUUUUUUAUAAUUAAAACAAAAAAAAUUUAUUAUAUGGCAGUUGAGUCUAAGAAAAUGUGACUGUACCCCAGUGGAGGGUGAUAUCACAGAAGUUGGCAUCUGAUUUGUAGAGUUCUGCCAAAUUGUUGGCGUGGAGCAAACUGGGCAAACUGGGAUGGAUUACACAAAUUCUCUAAAACAUAGUUAUAGAAAUUAAUGGAACCUUUAAUUUUUAAAACAAACAAAGAAAGACCAAACACUUUAGAUUGAGACAGGCAUGUCUCAUGAAAAGAUUAGUUUGUUAAAAACACAAUUCUGGUUUGUGAAAUCUAUUUUACAAAUGAGAAAAAGUAAAUGAAUACCUGGUGUGGUGUGAAGUGUUAUUUACUGCCUCUCUCCCCAUUUAUUCCACAUCUGCUCCUGCUUAGACUCAUACAUUAAAAUGCUCUUUUCAAUAUUUUCUGUCUUUCUUUUUUUUUGCUUUGGUCAUCCAAGGUCUAGUCCAUGCAAACUGGAUACCUGGGAAAGCAAAUACAUUUUUAUGCGUUUUAUC